AUGGCUGAUGAGAGUGUGUCAUUCAGUUAUUUAAUGGAAUUAGCGAAGGAGUGUAAGGUGGAAUCAUCGGCAUAAAUAUCUAGGUUCUGGUUUCUAUACAAAGGGAGGUCGUUAUUCGUUAACGAACAAAAUAAAUAGAAGAGGUCCAAGGAUACUUCCUUGUGGUACACAAGUGAUAAAGGAGCUAAUGAUGACGUAUUGUUUCUAAUUUGAACACACUGAUAUCUUCCGGUCAGAUUCAACUAACUUCUACGCAUAUGCGAAUUGAAAUAGUUACAGUAAUGGAUCGAAAGUUGUAGAAUUAAAUUAACUAGCUAAUUAUGUAAGUGGUGUAACUUAACUAUUUUUACCACUUGCGUUUUGGGCAAAUUAGACAUCAAAAUUUGUUGCCCAGAAUAAAUUUCACUUCCCACCAGGUCUAGUUUUCCCUCACAUAUCAGCAAAAUUUGAAGCAAAUGAUUGCAGGAAGGAUUAAAGUAAUCGAAGACUUUAUAUCAUGAAGUGUUGAUUUCAGCUGAUUUACCAAUAAAGAAUAAAAAACAGAAUGCUUUACAUCAUAAACAAGCAGACAUUUCUGACAAAACAUUAAUAAUAACGGCGCUUUAAUUUGAUUUCUAAGAAGAAAUUUCUACUUGCCCGCAAUGAUCUUUAAUAAUAACGGCGCUUUAAUUUGAUUACCAAAAACAAAUUUCUACUUGCCCGCAAGUCACUUACAUCACUAUUUGCAUACUGUUCUAAUACAGUAAAUAGAGAAUAAUACAUGGGUGCGCGGGAAUACCAGAUUUAUUUCGAGUGUUGAACAUGAUAUCUCACGAGUGAGCGCAGCGAACGAGUGAGAUAUCAUGUUCAACACGAGAAAUAAAUCUGGUAUUUCCAAGCACCCAUGUAUUUUUCUGUUUAUUAUAUAAACAAAAUUCAGUGAAAAACAAUAAAACGUCCGUGGCAAUGCGUUUUACAACAAAUGAUAUUUUCACACGUAAAAAUAUCGUAUUUUUUACGUGUGUUUAAAUACGAUUUUUCUCAGUGGCCAAAAACUCUAUAUAACACUUAUGUUUAUAUAAUAAUAGGUUUUAGUAUAAUUACAUAGGUGAUUAUUGAAAAUUCUCCACGCUAAUUGGUUGCCGUUGAGGUGAUUAUUACGCGAUAAUCACCUAAGCGAUUUUCAAAAUGGAGGCCGAAGCCUUUUUGUCAAUUAAAUGACGAAGAAAUGUGUAUUUUCUUAUUUUUUCCAAAUAAUCACCUAUGAAGUUAUACUAAAACAAUUAUUCCCCUCAGGCUUGGUGAUUAUCGUGAAUAAAAACCUCGACUUCGUCUCGGUUUUUAUUCACCGAUAAUCACCUCGCCUUCGGCGAAUAAUUGUUAAAUAAUCCAAGAUUAUUAUUCAGGGAAAAGUUCUAAUAUUGUAAUAUGUAUUGAUAAGCAUAUCAUGCAAUGUGAUGAUAGUAUUACCGAUGUUUUUAUAUAUUUUGCUUCAAAGAUAAACCUGUGAAUACGAAGUUUAAUGUAACCAAAGGCCAAGUUCUUCUAGAUGGUGCGACUGUGGUUCUAGAAUGUACUGCAGAUGCUGAUCCAGUAGCUAAAUUCAGCUUUUUUGGUGAAGGUAUAUCACCAGUGAUUGGCAGUGACCCUGCAAAACCAACUGUCAAAAUAGAUCUCAGUCAUGAUGGCGAUAAAAUCAGUUGUACUCCAUCCAAUAGACUUGGCAAUGGACCAACAGUUGUCUUGCUAAUCGAUGUAAAAGGUAAAAUAUUUAACAGUAAUAUACCAUUUGCAAUUACGCGAUUGGUUUGUAAAGCCAUUCAGGAAGUGGGUCACAUCGUGCAACUAAAUGUAAGUCAAAAUACAAGAACGGGCACAUUUUUUUUAUAACCACUGCAUAUUUUUGGAGCACUGUAUGGGCUGCAUCGUUAACAUACAAUGCAUGUAUGUAGUGUUGAGAAAUAGUUUCGCACCAUUUUCUUAAAACAACCGAAAGCUAUAAAAAUUAUGUUACGGUAUACAAUGACUUUUCGAAUCGUUGGUGCUUCAUUUUCACAUUAUGAAGAUUAAAGGCAUUCAGUGCAUUUAACGUUUGCUUAUAUCCUGGUGAACGCUUUGUAAAAUCAUGGUACACAUUGUUCUUUAUUACAGUUCCACCCCAAGUUAUUGCUUUUCCAACGAAAUUAGAUGCAAUUGAAGGACGAAAUAUUUCUGUGAAAUGUGAAGCUUCGGGAAAACCUGCACCUGAAAUAGUCUGGCUUAAAGAUGGUUCACCUUUGAGGAAAAUGCCUCCAUAUUAUAUCACUGGUCGAGCUAUAGGCAGCACGUUGUUUAUAUCUAAGUCUACACUGAUAUUGGCUCCUGCAAGAAGGGAGGAUAAUGGGAACUACGGUUGUCAAGCAAUAAAUCCUCAUGGAAGGCUAGUCAAGUCUGUUAGACUAAAUUUGAUGUGUAAGUACUGUACCGAUAGUGGUAAUAUAGGACUAUCCAUACGAAGCUUACUGUAAAUAGUCGCGAAAACAACGAGUACUUUAUAUUCAUAAUUUGCAGUAGUCCAUAUUGAGAAAGUUGUUUGAAGGAUGCAACUUUGUUUUAUUAAGUCUCUCAGUAUUAGUGAGCGGAUUUACCAACAGGCUAUUGCCUAUUUGAUAGGGGAUCCGAGGUACCUAUACGAUUUUAACGUCCUUAUCCAAGAAGUCCAACCAUUUACUGAUGUCAUUGUUUAUAUACUAGCUAGUUCGUUCUCCUCAAUUAUUUUAAGACCUUGAGUAUGGAGGUAUUCUGAUUAUAUCCGGGUCUUCCAUGCUUGAAAAAAGCAAGCGUGGUGACCAUGCAUUACAAGUGCUGCAUGGUUAAUCUGCUUGGAGAAAAAUAAAACCCUCGACGUUUCCAGCGGAGUAGCGUGCUAAUUUCCACAUGAACGACCUUCGCUCGAAACGUAGAAAUGUUUCAGUUUAGCUAGUGCUGUGCGCCAGAGGACGGACAGACAGCCGCUCGAUGGAACAUACCAUCCACCAAACGCGUCAAUAUUUUUUUAAUCAAAGGCGAGGUUACAGUAGAAUAAUAAACCCCGAGUAUGUGUGACAUAGCUUCUUAUUUCGAUGCGAAAGCUGAGUUUAUUUUAAGGAUGUUUAUUUAUACUGUGUAUUAAGACAACGAUACGUUACAGAUCUCGUUUGUGUUUUGCUCAUGAAUUAUUCUUGAGUUUCUGUAUAAACAAUUGACUGUUUAAGUUUCAUUUUCCAGACCUUCCUGAAGUGAAGAAUAAAAAUGACUUCAAAGAACGCGAAGUUCGUGUUGGUGCAGACGUGGAUCUUCCCUGUCGAGCUGAAGGCAAUCCUCCAACGACGUAUUAUGUUUGGAGGUGGGAAAAUGGCACUGUUAUACAAAAUAAAACUACGGGACUAUUAAGGUUUGAUAAUAUUCAACCUUGCGAAGGAGGACGUUUAUCUUGUGCUGGUGGAAGUUACGUCGGUGAAGGAGAAAAAGUGUCUGUUAAUGUUUUGGUGAGAGGUAAGGUUGCUUCACGUAAUUAAGAAAUAGAAAACGAGUCGCGUGCGUUUAUGGUGGGAUAAUGCACGAAGGGGGUGUUGGGAGAAUACGAGAAACAUGCUUCCCGAGUAUCCCCCCAACAUUGUCCGGGUACAGUCUCGCACCAUAAACGCACACGAGACGAGCUUUUCUAUUUCUUUUAUAAUAUAAAAAGAUAUUACCCAGUAAGCAAUUUUAUUUGAAAGAUCGAUAUAAUCAUAGACGUCACACGCAUGCUUUUUCUCAUCGCUUAGCAACAGCUGGAAUUUUCAGGAGGCCGAGGGAAAACAUUAUAAAUUUUGGAAAUGAAACUUGAUAAACUGGUGAGAAAAUGUUUGAAAAUGAAAAAAAUAACCCACCUUGAUAAAGAGACGAAUUUGCUGUUGUUACACUGCAUCUUAAGCCCAUUUUCCAUUAGGCGAUUUUUUUCGCGCGAACAGUAAAAAAGUAUGAACUGAUCCAACUGUUUCGCGGCAAAUUUUUUCGCUGACCAAUCACAUUGCCAAGGUUUGUUUUUCGCUUCGCCCGAACAAAUUCGCCUAGUGGAAAAUGUGCUUUAUAAUGGUCUCUGCGCACAAUUUUCUGACCAUGGUACAAAGUUUCGCUUCUCUCGUAGUAAAUGAUUGCAUUUCCUGAUCACAUAACAUUGACUGCCCAACGUUUCAAAAGUUUCCAAGGAAUGUCGUCCAGGGGCGGAUCUUUAUAAGCAAAGGAUAAUGUGAAACAGAUUCAGCCAUCUCAAAUAAUGUUGGGAUUGUAGCGUUGCAGACUGCAGAGGAAAGUGGCCAGUAAGACUACUGAAGCUCAUGUACCACCCCCAUGGAAAACCUGCACUCCUUCACGCAGAUGAGCCUAGAUCCGCCCCUGAUGUCGUCAUCGUUCAACUGAGUGCAGAAGUUCUUGUGGUAUAGAUAGUAAUCCCUAUACUUAAAGCAGAAUGAAAUAUUUAUGUCCAAUGCCACCAAGGCAAUAACUUAUAAGCGCCAUAACGGUUUUUAUUAUCGCAUGCAAUCUAUAAUUUCCAUCCGUAUUUCCUUUUCAUCUUUUCCCAUUUUUAAGCUAAAUUAAUUGCUUUUAGUUCCCCCAAGAAUAAUUGUACCUCCACAACAAAGGGUUUCGCUGAACGAAUCCGACAGACUUCAAUUGUUUUGUAACGCGACUGGUGUACCUGAGCCUACCAUACAUUGGACCAGAGAUGGUAC